AUGAACCUUCUCCCACCCCAAGGUGACUACUACGUAGACCCCGCCAUCGCCCAACACCAACAUCAACUUCAGAAUGGUGCACCCGCCGCAAGGAGGGCUUCAAUGCCCAGGAGCAAGUCCAACAUGGGAUACUCCGCCGCAUCAACGAGAAUGAUGGAACGCAGUAGUGACAUGGACUCACCGCAACCCGUCAAGCGUCCGAGGGUCAUGUCUCAGCAAUAUCCUCGCGCGGUCCCCAUGACGGGCAUGGCAAGAAGCACUUCCAACCGCUCGGAAAAGUCAAUUCCGUUCGUCGCCAAAGGCUCUAUCGCGCCGCUCCAAUCCUCAAAUACCCCCAACACCAUGAUGGAUCGCUUCACACAAUCCAGAGACGACCCUCAUGUCCUGUUCCAGGCUCCUCAACCCUCCAUCCAGCGCACCCCGUCAAAUCGUCGCCCGUCAAGUCUUCCAAGAGUCGAAGAGAACAUGCCCCUCCCAGGCGUCGGCAUGGACAUCGCCGCCUACCUCGCGACUCAAGACGAGAGCCUCGCCUCUCCCGCCAUGAUCCCGCCUCAGCCCUCCUUCUUGACACCGGAUGGCCGCAACUCCCAGGCUAGCUUGGUCGCUUCAGUCUGUCCUUCCAUGAGCUCCGGCACUUCCGCCCCGGAGACGACCCCUUUGACCAGGGAGAACAGCUCUUUCGAUCACCACCACGAGAGCCAGUCCCUCAACGACGCGCUCGACAUGGCCCGCCUCGGCUCCACCGGUUCGCACAUGGACUUCUCGCAAGAUAUGUACUCGAACGCCCACUUCGGUACAUCGCCCAACGUCAAGCCCGAGACUUACCUGGCUUACGUCGGCGCCAACCUUUCUCAGCAGCACUACGGUCAGCAGUCACCGAUCGACGACCAGUUCCUGUCCCAGGGUUCUUCUUUGAUGGAGCGUUCCUUCUCCGCCAACAGCAACGCGUCUACCAAGUCGAAUCAGGAGCGGAGGGCGAAGGAGGUUUUCCAGCAGCAGAUCCACAAUGCCACCCGCACUGCUCUCGCACCCAAGCCUGCCGAUGCCCUUAAGCCUUCCCAGUCCAAGAAGGAGGGCAAGGUUCCUGUUACCAAGGGCACCUACACUCGUCCCAAGCACCCCAAGGUCUACUGCGAUCAGUGCACUGACCACCCUGACGGCUUCCGCGGUGAUCACGAACUUCGCAGACACAUCAAUGCCAAGCACGAGGGCACCAUCAAGAAGUUCAUCUGCCGCGACCCAGCUACCGCUGGUCUCAAGUCCGGCGUUGAGGCUAUCAACCCGUUGUCCAAGUGCAAGCAGUGCGUCGCCGGAAAGCACUAUGGUGCCUACUACAAUGCGGCAGCUCAUCUCCGUCGCACCCACUUCAAGCCCAAGACCCCGCGCGGCAAGAACAAGCGGGGCGACGACGAUGAGAAGCGCGGCGGUAAGGGCGGCGGUGACUGGCCCCCCAUGAACGAGCUCAAGCUCUGGAUGCAGGAGGUUUUCGUCACCGCUGACGAUGCCGCCGACGCCGAGGCUGAGGCCCUCGAGGAGGACGAGGAAGAGGCUGUGCAGUACGAUCCCACCAUGAUGGAUCUUUCGCUUGGCCACAUGGGCGAGAACAUGCAUUACGACAUGAACUUCCCGGCGUCGUACUCGAUGCCUGAGCUGGCCAUCGAUACCCAGGCCUCUUCCUUCUUGGCCGUUCCCAAUAUGCCGCCGCUCUCCUCUGCGUCGGAGGCAUUUGCGUUCUCGCCAUUUACCUCAAACUCGCCCAUGAACGGUCUGUCGCACGAGACGGCCUUCUCCAUCUCGUCCUCGAACACGGUUACACCUACUACGUACCAGGACCCGCUCGCUGAUGGCUUCGACAGCUACGUCUACUGA